UACCGUAAGUAGUGUGAAGAUGAAGGUGGUCGGCAGUUUGGAUAUCCUCUAUUUGCUGGCGAUCCUAGUAACCCAACUUUCUCUCGUCGCGGGAAACUCUUCGGUGGUGGUGGUGACCCACGAAAACUUGCAACAAAUAAUAGACUCUAAUGAGCUGGUUCUGCUCAGUUUUUAUACGGAUUGGUGCCGUUUUAGCCAGAUUUUGCAACCAAUUUUUGAGGAGGCGGCGGCGAAGGUUCUACAGAAAUUCCCUGAAAACGGCCGUGUGAUACUGGGAAAAGUAAACUGCGACAUUGAAGAUAUAUUGGCAGAUCAGUUUGACAUACUUAAGUACCCAACACUAAAGAUUAUCAGAAAUGGGUUGAUUAGCAAUCAGGAAUACCGUGGCCAGAGAUCUGUGGAGGCCUUCUUCCAGUUUGUGGAGAAGGAGCUAUCAGAUCCAAUCAAAGAGUUCUAUAGCAUUGAUGAACUCAAAAAUGUGGAAGUUGGCUAUGGUAUAGUUAUUGGUUAUUUCAUCUCCAAGGAUCAUGUAGAGUAUGAUAAUUAUCGCAGGGUAGCGAGCCUUUUGCGCAACGAUUGUAGGUUCCUUGUGGGCUUUGGUGACUUAACUAAGGUGCUCCGACCGCCAGGAAAGAAUGCGUUGAUCUUCCGCGGCGAUCCAUCGAUUCCGAAUCACAAAAACCAGUACAGUGAGUACUUGGGCAACAUGACCAGCUUUAAAGAACUAACCUUUUGGAUCGAUAAGAGGUGUGUGCCCCUGGUGCGAGAGGUCACCUUCGAUAAUGCAGAAGAGCUAUCGGAGGAAGGAUUACCAUUUGUAUUGCUGUUUUACAACAACGACAAUGUAAGUCCCAUCCAGGAGUUCAAGAACGCAAUUCAAAGCCAGCUGGAAAAUGAGACGAGGGUUAAUUUCCUGACUGCGGAAGGAAAAGUCUUUAAGCACCCACUAUUCCAUUUGGGCAAGUCCCUGACUGACUUGCCACUAAUCGCAAUCGAUUCUUUCAUGCACAUGUACCUUUUUCCACGCUUCAAGGACAUUCACAAGCCAGGUGCCCUCAAAAAGUUCAUUGAUGACCUGUUCAGCGGAGCACUACAUAUAAAUUUUCACAUGGCCCUCGAAGCUAAGGAAAAUUCCGAGUCCAUAAUCGAUCACGCUGAAGACCCGCCGAUCAUCCACGAGUCAAAGUUUAAGGACCUCAAGCCAUCCAAGCACCGUUACACAUUGGUCAACCGCACCAGGGACGAGUUAUAAUAUUAUCCUAAUAUACCGUAAACCUUAAACAUCUUUAGAUGUAAUCACUUUAUAUCAGUUUUAGUUCGAUUUUUAAAUGUAAAUGUAAGAUAAAAACCAAUGACAAAAAUUAAUAUUUUCUGAGGCACAAAUAAAAUUGAUUUUAGGACCCCAUUGAAUAA